CCGUGUCUACCUGAACGAUAAGCAGAAACAGACGGGCGCAGGCUAAUACAUUGUUUAACGGCUAAACCCGCGCCUCUCGCCUCUGGAGCGGCUCGAGCACAAACCGUGAAAAGAGACUGUCGCCUGAAAACCGUUUCAAUCACCAGGAGCUGAGGCGCGUGCACGCUGCAGCAAAUGGCAACUUGUGCAGUGAGAAGUUUUUCAAAUGUGUCAGAAGCACCUUCAGAUUCUGAUGAUGAAGAUAAACUCCACAUUGUGGAGGAUGACAGUAUUCCUGACAGUUCAGAGGAAAAGCCGUCAGUAUUUCAGCAGCUGCACAAGGAACACACAUUAAAUGAUGGCAACCUGGGGCCAGAUGCUUUGAUACGAGAAAUAAGGGUCAAAGAGGAGUGUUUAACAGAUGAAGAGGAUGAAGAAGUUCAGAUAAAUGAAACCUCAAGGCAGGGAAAGACAGAGGUCAUUUGUCCAGACAUUCCAAAGGAGGAACAGAGCACACCAGAGGGAGGAGUCCAUGAUGAGAACGGUACAUCUGAUGAGAUUUCUCAGCUUUACUCAUGUCCGUACUGUUCCCGGAGAUACAAGCGUCACACAUCUCUGAAGGACCAUAUAAAACUGCAUCAUGAGAAAAACAAGGAGGACUUCAGUUGCUCCCUUUGCAGCUACACUUUCACCUAUCGCACACAGCUUGACCGACACAUGAACACACACAAAAAUGGAAGAGAUCAGAGUAUGGUUUCACAUUCAGGAGGAAACAGAAAGUUCAAAUGUACAGAAUGUUCUAAAGCUUUUAAAUAUAAGCAUCAUCUAAAGGAGCACCUACGCAUCCACAGUGGUGAGAAGCCAUAUGAGUGUUCUAACUGUAAGAAGCGCUUCUCCCAUUCUGGGUCCUACAGUUCUCAUAUCAGCAGUAGGAAGUGUGUAGCAGUUCCCCCUGCUGUUAAUGGAUUGUCCCACUCUCCUGGAAUCAAAGCAGCUCUUACUCUUACUCGCCCUACACGUAUCCUUUUGCGGGAGAAGUUAGACACUGGUAAAGCUUUGGAGGAACCGCUAUCUCCUAAGAAGAUUAAAGAAGAGCCUGAUGAGCAUGAACUUAAACCUGUCAGAACUACAUCAGUUGUUUCUACAACUACUGUCACCUCUACCAGCACAACUACUAAUGGGGGUGGAAUUUCUGUUCAGACUGCUCCUCCUGGUGUAGUACAAACAUUACUUCUACCUACUGUGGGUCUAGUUCAGCCAAUUAGCAUCAACCUACGAGACCUCCAAAACAUGCUGAAAGUGACAGUGGACGGAAACAUGAUGUGGCAGACUGUGGCUAGCUCGAAUACUAAUGGAACUUGUAGUAAGAUUGUUAAUCCAGGCCAGCCACAAGCACAAGCAAUGAUUGUGCAGACUGCCCAUUCUCAUUUGCAAGUCAUUUCUGCAAUCUCUCUACCUGUGCUGGAUCAGGAUGGAAAUUCCAAAAUUAUCAUAAACUAUAAUGUAGACCCACAGAUUAGCACAUCGGAUUCGAACACAGCACAGUCAGUAUUGCCACCUCAAACUGUGGCCCAAACAAAAGUGCAAGAGCCAAAUAUGGCACCACCAGAACUGGGAAAGGUGAUUUCAAUAAAACACCCAAAGAUGGCACAAACUAUCACAGCACAGCCAAAUGUCUCACCAGCCCCAAAAUCACCCACCUCUGGACAAGUACCUGCACAAAUAAGUAUACUUAAAUCCACGCAGUCAGCUGUUCCAAAUAAAGCAACGUCCAUUAUAAAGGUCACAAAGCUAGUACCAGGACAAACAAAGCAUACACAGCCAGCACUGUUGCUUUUAAAAACAGUCAAUGGGUCCCCAGGAAUGGUUGUGAGACAGUUAGCAGCCGUGAACCCACAAGUAACUCCAACAAUAGGAACUACAGGUCUGAAAUCAACUCCAGAAUAUACCAUCAUGAAAGCAAAACAAAAUUCACUAAAUAAACUGAGUCCAGUUGGAGAAGAGACCAGUACCCCUAGGGACAACUGCCAGCCUGCAGCCAUGGGGUCAACUUUCCUAAAGGGAAUUCAGUUAAAAAACGAAAGCGAGUUUAAGAAUAAGACAGAAUGUAAAGAAACUUUACAGAUAGAGAAAGAAAGGAAAGAGGGACUGAUGGCCCAGAGUGAUUCAACAACUCCUCACAGAAGUGUUGUUUGUGGUGAUGGCUUCCAUAACUAUGCUACAUGUCUUUUUUGUGACAACAGCCCCAGCAACACUGAUAUCUUAAAUUAUCUCAACAGCAUUGAACAAGGAUCUGACAAGUGUCUCUCUUCUCUGCUGGGGAAGGAUAAUUUUGAAAGUGCAGAUCAGCCACCAGUGAAGAGUCUUUUGCCCCUAAUUGAGGCGUACAGCAAAAACUCACACCCUGGUGAAGAGCAGCUCUCUCGAGUUGCGGAAUUGGUCAGUUUGCCAGUGGAUGUGGUCAGUAGAUGGUUUCAAAGAAUGCGCUUAAAGAACAUACUACUUGACUACCCUGAAAAUCCCCUAAAUGGGCAACAGACUAUUGCAAACUCUCAACAAGAUUCCAGUAUGGACACCAACACCCAAAUUCUGGAAACUUCAGCUGAGGAGUCAGUGAGCCAGAACAGUGAUCCUUCUCCUCUAAACCUCACUACAAAUUAUCUUAGCAUCAUAAAGACAGAGGAUCUGGAAGAGAAAGGGCAGGUUGAACCUUUGGAUCUCUCACUUCCAAAGUCCUCUUUUUGUAAUAGUAACACCUCUGUCACCAGUGAGGUGUCGGCCACAAAGCCAUCUGUCACCACCCAAGAGGAACCGAUAAAUCUCACAUGUUUCAAGAAAGACACAUUGGAUGGAAACACCAUAUAUGUGACACAGUCCACUACAAGUCCUAUAAAUAUCAUAGCCACACCUUUGCCAACUCUUGUUGCCAUAGCAGAGCCUGGUGGAAUCCCCUGCCUCAGAUCUGCUAUCUCUACCAAACAGCGCACAAUCCUCAUCCCCCAGCUGUCCUACACGUACACUUCCCCUUCAACCAACAAGGCUAACACCACUCCUUCCACUAUCACGCCACCAAACACAGACAUGCAGGGAGGAGUACUAAAUGGCUGUCAGGAGAAGAUUGAUGCUGGAAAUGAAUCCUUGUCUGGAUGGGAAGGGCUGAAUGACAGCAACCUUUCCCCCAACAAGAAGAGACGGAAGAUACAUGGUGGCCAGUAUGCAUGUGACCUAUGUGACAAGAUUUUCCAGAAAAGCAGCUCUUUACUACGUCACAAAUAUGAACACACAGGUAAACGUCCUCAUGAGUGCGGAGUCUGUAAAAAGGCAUUUAAACACAAGCACCACCUAAUUGAGCACUCGCGUCUGCACUCCGGGGAGAAGCCGUACCAGUGUGAUAAAUGUGGCAAACGCUUCUCACACUCCGGCUCUUACUCCCAACACAUGAACCAUCGCUACUCCUACUGCAAGAAAGAGGUUUAUGACCAGCCAGAGCCAAAUAAUACUUCAUCUACACCUCCCUCACAGCUUGACUCAGAUGAGAGGGAGAGUGAAGCUGAGGAGGAGAUAUAUGACGACGAAGAACCAGAUGAAGAAAAAGAUUGUGAUGAAGAUUUUUCUGUCUUUGACAUGAGUGACAUAAGAGUAGUUAGGGUCGGUGAGGAAUAUUAUGAAGAGGAGGAGGAAGUGGGGAUGGCAGAAAAAAAACAGGUGAGACAAAACCCAGUGGAGUUGUGUACUCCGCAAAAGGAAAUGGUAAAAACUUUGGGCAUGGGAGACCUGAUGGACAGGAACACAGAGGAGGAAAUAGGGAAACCAAUGAAAAAUGAUUUGUUUAAUGACACUGUAGAAAACAAGUAAUAAUGUUUCUCCCUACUAACUCCAUAUUGUGAACUGUUAAGACCUAAUAAGCUCUUGGUUGACUUUUUAAGACAGUGGAUUACUUUGAAGGUUUAUUUUGUGUAAUUAAUUUACUGUGUAUAAAUCACAGGUGUGCCUAAUCCACAUAUUACAGCUGUCUGUAAACUAUCUAUAUAACAAACAUUUUUUUUCUAAAUUCAAUAACCAAAUUCAAUUUAUAGGUUUUACUGAACCACAACCUCAACUUAUUUGUUACUGUUCCUUAUUAUUUCUUUGAAUUGUUUCAUCUGUAGUCAGGUGAGAUUUCUACACAUUUUUAUUGCCAGGGAAGUUUAGUAAAUCAGUAUUUUAUCAAUAUUUUAGUACUUCUUUUAGAUAUGAAAAAACUAAGAUGCACUGUAGGUACAUUUAUGAUUUUCUUUAUGGAUACAUAAUGCCUCAAGUAAAUACCAUUCAGUAUUUUUAUUCUAAUAAGGCCAGCCAGUGUUAACUUAGUGUUUUCGUUUUGUCUGUAUGAAGGAAGUUUGUGCUUACGUAUCAUUUGAUCAUUUAUUUAGAUAAAAUAAGUUGAUAUAUGUAA